AUGCCGCCCGCUGCUCAUGCCGCCUCCCACUCCGCCUCUGCCUCUGCCACCGCCACCGCCACGGCCACCGCGGCACCCUCGAGCAAUCCCGAUCGCAAACGCGUCAAGGUCUAUGAGCUCAAGGAUAAUGACUGGUUCGACCGCGGCACCGGCUUCUGCACCGGCCAGAUGCUCACCCCUCCCCCCUCCGCCCCCGACACCCCCGAUGCGCGCAUCGUGGUGGUCAGCGAGGACGAUGCCAACCGCACCCUCCUCGAGACGCGCAUCUUCAAGGACGAGAGCUACCAGAAACAGCAGGACACGCUGAUUGUGUGGACGGAGCAGAAUGGAGUGGACAUGGCGCUGAGCUUUCAAGAGGCCGAGGCGUGCGCGAGCAUAUGGGAAUUUGUCCACGAGAUUCAGCAGAAGUUGACCCACUUGUCGGGCCCGGAAGAUGGACUGUCAGACGACCUGCUCGACCCCAUGCACUCCAUCACCCUUCCCGACCCCCAACUUGGUCAGCUGGACGAGCUGGAGGCGGCGAUUCGAAGCGCAUCCACCUCUCCAGCCUCACGCGAUUCGCUGGCAAAGUUUGUUAUGCAUCCCGACCAGAAUUUCAUCCUCCGCCUGGCCCCCUUGGUCACCCGCGCGGAGGAGUUGGAGUCAACGCCGGACCUGCACCGCCUAUGCACCAUCAUGAAGCACCUGAUUCUGCUCAAUGACACCGCUAUCAUCGAGUUCAUUGUGACAGACCAGGCCAUCAUGGGGGUCGUAGGCGCUCUAGAGUACGACCCGGACUUUCCAUCCCAUCGCGCAAAUCACCGGCAAUGGCUGGCUGAUGCCUCGAAAUUCAAAGAAGUCGUGCCAAUCCAGGACGCCGAGGUGCGAAAGAAAAUCCACUGGACAUAUCGCCUCCUCUACCUCAAAGACGUCGUCCUCGCCCGAAUCCUAGACGACCCGACCUUCUCCGUCCUCAACAGCCUGAUCUUCUAUCAUCAAGUGGACAUUGUCAACCAUCUGCAGAGCAAUCAGCAAUUCUUGAAAGACUUGUUCGACAUCUUUGCGCCGUCGAUCGAAGACAGGGCAGAGAAGAAGAAGGAGGGCGUGCUGUUUAUCCAGAACUGCUGUGCCGUGAGCAAGACCAUUCAAGCACAGACCCGAGCGCAACUCUACCAGAACUUCAUCCAGCAUGGGCUCUUUGCCGUCAUCACAUUUGCCCUGAAUCACUCCGAUGCGGCGGUCCGAGUGGCUGGGACGGACAUUCUCGUGGCGUUGAUCGACCACGACCCGCACAUGGUGCGCGCGCAUAUCCACGCUGCACAGGAAAAGAGGGCAGCGCCUCUCAUGGAAAUGUUGAUAGAGCUUCUGCUCAUCGAGAGCGACCUGGGAGUCAAGAGCCAGAUGGCCGAGGCGAUCAAGAGCCUGCUAGACCCCAACAUGAACCAGUUCGGAAUCGAUAUGAUGAACCGCGGCGUUGUCGGAGUGAACGCGGAGCUCAUGGCAAGACAAAAAGGAGCUGGCCCGGGGCAGCACCCCGGCGCUUCGCAAAUCACCACCUUCAUCGACAACUUCUACGAAACCUCUGCCAAACGACUCUUCGCCCCCCUCAAAGCACUCCAAGACCGCGCGAGCAUGACCAAUCUCAACGUUCAGGAAACCUCACUCUACACCCACCUCGUCGAGCUUCUGUGCGUCUUCGUGCACAAGCACAGCUUCAAGAGCAAGCUGUUUAUACUUUCGGAGAAUCUGCACUCUCGCGUGGCGCAACUCCUCAGCUGCCCGCAGAAGUACAUGAAACUGACGGCGCUCAAAUGGUUCCGCACCUGCAUCGCGCUGCAAGAUGAAUUCCACAAUCGCCAGAUGAUCCAAAACGCUCUGUUCGAGCCCAUCCUCGUCAUGCUGGAAGAGACUGGCGGAAGAGACAGUCUCGUCAACUCGGCAUGUCUGGAAUUCUUCGAUUACAUCAAGCGAGAGAGCGUGAAACAACUCAUCGUGCACCUCGUGGACAACUACCGCGAAAGAAUGAUGCGCAUCGCCUACGUGGACAUCUUCCAGGAGCUGGUGCUAAAGUACGAGCAGCUGGUCAACGGCUUCCCCAUUCUCAAGGGGCAAGACGACAGCUUCGACACGCAGGAGGGCUCCACGCCGCAGAGAAUGCUGAUUAAUGGUCGCCAGGCUUUCGCGGGUCUCAAAGACAUGGACGGAGACGAGGAAGCGUAUUUCGACACGGAAGACGACGUGGACGAGGACGACGACGGCGAUGCUGCGCUGCCGAUGCUCAGCGGGGGUGGCAGGCAAGGUAUUCUUGUGAACGGCGCCUCGCCUCUGCGGCCUUUGGUCAGUUACGACGCGGACGACGAGGACGAAAACGAGGUAGCAGACGUCGAAGGUAUGGACAUUCUGGCCUCCAGCCCCGAGCCACACUUCCGGGAAAAGAAGUCCAGCAGCAGCAGCGACGAUCCCGCCUCCGCAGACCCGAUGGACGAAGAUGUCGCGACCACCGUGGCGUCGGGCGGAGCCGACGACGAUGAACCCCGAGGCCGCAGCCGAACUGCCGCCGCGCUCGAAGCGCAAACCUCCCCGCCCGAUUCCAUUCCUAUGAAGCGCCGACGAGCCGAGGAGGACGAAGACGAGCUAGGCAAGAUGAUGGGCGGCAUUAAGCGCCGUACUUCGUCGGCCAGCACGCGGAGUCAGCACUCCCUGCCCGACAGUCCGUUGAGCGGUGGUGGUAGUGGCAUGAAUCUGCGUAGUAGCAGCAGCAGCAACAACAAUAACAACAACCACUCCCGAGACGAGCACGCGCGAGAGAACGGCGGACAUGCACAGCAGCAGCAGCAGGCCUCUCCAACCCACGGACAUGGCAACUCGCACAUGCUCAGGCGCAAAGGCAGUCUGAAAGUAAAGAACGAGUCCGCGGGCAAAUUCGCCAUCAAGCCGAUAUCGCUUGCUUCCGCGGCGGCGACGAAAGGACAAACCCAUAAUGCAGCGGGCAAGCACCGAGGUGAAGAUCAGACGGGCGAUGCUGAAGAGGUGCGCGAGGGGGGAGAUGAAGACCCUGGAGGCGGGGCUGGAGGUUAG